GAAAGAAAACACAGAAGAAAAAUAAUGGAGAGCUCGAAGAAGAUGAAUUUGGUGGCGGCGAUUGUACUUGCGGCAGUGGCGACGGCGGCAUUGGGUGGCGUCAGCGGAGACCGCGAGGUUUCGAAGACGCCGCCGACUGUAGUGAAGAAGGUGAAGGGGACCAAGCUGUGCGCCAAAGGCUGGGAGUGCAAUCACCUCUCCCAAUAUUGUUGCAAUUUGACCAUUACCGAUUUCUUCGAGACCUACCAGUUUGAGAACCUCUUCUCUAAGAGGAAUUCCCCCGUCGCUCACGCCGUCGGCUUCUGGGACUACCGCUCAUUCAUCCUCGCUUCCGCCUCCUUCCAGCCCCUCGGAUUCUGUACCACCGGCGGCAAGUCGAUGCAGAUGAAGGAGCUUGCAGCAUUCCUUGCCCAUGUCGGAAGCAAAACUUCAUGUGGCUAUGGAGUUGCUACUGGUGGACCGUUGGCUUGGGGUCUGUGCUAUAACAAGGAGAUGAGUCCUAGCCAGGACUAUUGUGAUGAUUAUUACAAACUGACGUACCCAUGCUCUCCUGGAGCCCAAUAUUAUGGCCGUGGUGCCUUGCCCCUCUACUGGAACUACAAUUAUGGAGCUGCAGGUAAGGCACUCAAAGUAGAUCUCUUGAGCCACCCCGAAUACAUUGAACAGAAUGCGACCUUGGCCUUCCAGGCUGCAAUCUGGAGGUGGAUGACCCCAGUUGAAAAGGGGCAGCCUUCAGCUCAUGAUGCAUUUGUUGGUAACUGGAAGCCCUCCAAGAAUGACACUCUGUCCAAACGAUUUCCCGGUUUUGGUACCACCAUGAAUAUUCUGUAUGGGGAUCUUGUAUGUGGUGAAGGCGAUAUUGACUCAAUGAACACCAUCAUCUCUCACUACCUGUACUAUCUCGACUUGAUGGGCGUUGGCCGCGAGGAAGCAGGGCCCCAUGAUGUCCUAACCUGUGCAGAACAGAAGCCCUUCAAUCCAUCCUCUCCCUCUGCAACUUCUUGAGCUCCAUGUCAAACUAUUGUUGGUGUUCUUGCUUCGACUUUGCAGAAGAGAAUCGUGCAAUAAGAGGAGGAAGAUGCAGCUUGCAAUUUUGUUCCUUCUCUGAAUCUAAGAAGAUAAUCGUAUUGGGAGUGAAUGUAUAGAGUGCUGCUCUUCCCAUAUAAUUUUGGAGAUUUUUCUUUUUUAUAAUGUGUGCAUUAUGUAAUUAUAAGCCAUAUUAUAUGUAAUAUUCGUUUGUACAGCGUGCUAUGAUUUGAACAUUUAUCAUCAAACUAUUAUCAUGUUAUCACUCGAUAAGUUGAUAUAUAGUAGUGUGUUAUCAUGUUUUGACA